CGCUUUCCGCUUUGACACGUCCAACUACCUACUUUUCAAACCUCUCCUCGUCUGUCUCCAGAGUACGAAUUAAGGAGCAGACACAGCUCUGUAGUUGCUCAUAACAAGAUGGCAGUAUCACGAGUAAAAGAGCCCUACUUUGGGUUCAAGGGCAAAUGGCUGACCUUCUGGAUCACUCUCGCUUGCGCUACAGACAUGACCCUUUUUGGUUAUGAUCAAGGUGUUUUCAGCGGUGUUGUUAUUUCGAAAGACUAUCUAGACGUCCACGACCUACAUGGCCCGGAGAAAACAAGUGUUCUAUCAAUCAUCACCUCAAUUUAUACCAUCGGUUGUUUCCUGGGUGCCGUUACCGCAUUUUACAUCGGAGAGACGAUCGGCCGAAAGAAAACCGUGCUUGUCGGCACCGUUAUCAUGAGUGUCGGCGCUAUUCUUCAAACGAGCUCUUUCAGUGUUCCGCACAUGAUAGUCGGUCGUAUCGUCACAGGUAUCGGUAACGGAAUCAACACAGCUACUGCUCCUGUUUGGCAAACAGAGACUUCCAAGGUGGAAAACAGAGGACUGCUUGUUAUGAUCGAGAUGGGCUUAAACAUCUUUGGUUUUUCAUUGAGUAACUGGGUUAACUAUGGAAUGUCAUUCGUUGGAGGCUCCAUCGAAUGGCGACUCCCCCUGGCUCUCCAGAUCGCUUUCUGCAUCGUCCUAUUCCUUACUGUCCCAUGGCUACCGGAGUCGCCCAGAUGGAUGUUUGCACAUGGUCGGGAGGACGAAGCGAUUAAGAUCUUGGCGGAUUUAGAAGACAAGCCGAUUGAUGACCCCUACAUAAUCGCCGAGCGCGAAGAAAUCGUAUUCGGUAUCGAGUACGAGCGCCAAAACGCCAUUAACUGGGGUGAUCUUCUCCGAGGCCGCACCCAGUCCGGAACCAAAACCAUUCGACGACUGAUCCUCGGCUCUGGUACUCAAGCCAUGCAACAAUUUGGUGGCAUUAAUAUCAUGUCCUACUACCUUCCUACCGUGUUGAUCGAGUCCGUCAAGCUAGACGAGAGCAUGGCCCGUCUCAUUGCUGCUUGUGCAUCAGUUGCCUACCUCUUCGCAUCUUUAGUGGCAGCGCCCCUUGUGGAAAGGGUUGGCCGCCGCAUCAUGAUGAUGGUUUCCACUGCAAUCCAACUAGUCUGCUUCUUGCUUGUCACCGUCCUACUCCACUUCGCGGAGCAACCUGACUACCUUCAGAAGAUUGAAGUAUCCAAGGCUUCCGUCGUAUGGUUCUUCAUCUACUACAUGGGUUUUGGCUUAGGAAUGUUGGGUAUCCCAUGGCUGUACCCUACUGAAAUCAAUUCUCUUCCUAUGCGAACAAAGGGAGCUGCUGUUGCCACCAUGACGAACUGGCUCACAAACUUCGUCGUCGUCGAAGUGACACCCAUCGGUAUCCAAAAGCUAGGCUGGAAGUUCUACAUCAUCUGGACAGUGACAAACGCGCUAUUCUUGCCCAUCAUAUGGCUCUUCUACCCCGAGACCGCCAACCGUACUCUAGAGGAUCUAGAUGCCUACUACCGCGACAACCCACCCCUAGUUCUCCAUAAGGACCUCGACUCUACCUCCGUAAAACGACCCGCGAGGUUCGUCGAGGCACAAGGCCGGGAUAUCGAAGAAGCUGCGAAGCACCUGGAGAAGCGUACCUCUGUUGUUCACGACGAAGGGGGGUUGAGCAGUUAAGCAGCCUGCUUGCCUUACGCAUCCUCGCUGGCGGGGUAUCAUUGAGUACAUGAGGUUCCUCACGAGGUAUAUUGGCGGGUCUUGUUCGUAUGGGUUUCACUAUACAACGGUGUUUUACGACUUUAUAGCGGGUAUAUCAUAGGGAUACAUGCGCAUGUCUUAGGUUUCUGGGUUAGACUUGAUACCAUUUCCGUCCAUAACAAUUAAAAUGGACUCGAUGAAAUAAACGAUAUACUUCUUAUAUUUUUGUGUUAACAUUAGGGGGGAGUUUCUAGCUUUCCUGUAUCUUCUAUCGGACGAAGUGUAGACUUACAACUAGAUUACCGACCGGG